GCACGAGCUCGACGAUCAGGGCAAGAACAAAGAUGACAGCCGGCUUCGAGCUGCCGGUUUUGAAGUCGGCCAGAACGUGGUAAGGAAAAGUGAUGCAUCCAUGGGGACGAUCCAAACGAUGACAGCUUCUGAGAUCAAGCUUCAGGUCGAGGGGCAGGUUGUCACGGUGGCAUCGGAGAGUUUUCUAGCAGGGGAGUGGCGAGCCUGCACGUCCAAGCAAGAGUCCAUUGCUGUCGAGUUCACCGGUUCCCUGCCGGUAGACUCCUCAGAAUUCCAGCUCGCAGAGUGCAAGGCAAGAAUCCUUCAUCAGAUCCGUGCGGAUGAGGAUGCAGGGUCCGCGCACUACUCCAACCUCCAGCUUUUCCUGAAGCCAAACAUGGUAAAAGCCGGCAAACGGUUUGAGAAGUCUGAGCUGGUUUUGAUCCCCAGCACGCAUCGCAUCGAUUUCAAGAAACCCGGGUCCGGAAGUGCCGGAGCCAUCGUGGCAGGUCUCAUCGACAUCAAAGGGUGCACGUACGAAGUGUGCCUGUCCAGUUGCCUCUCUCAAUCGCCGAAUCAAGUGCUUCACCCGUUCUGGGUGAUGAGAACGUCCGCCAAUCUGGCGGAGUGUAAUCUAGAGCUCCUGCCGCGGAACUGCUCGAGCAGGAAACUUAAGAUGAACCGGGAGGCUACAUGGCAGAUUCCUUUCGCUCGGAAUAUGAAGGUUAUCAAUGAAGGAGACAGCCUGGUGCUGUUCAAGCCAUCAACAGCUGCAAAGCCUGUCUGGUCGAUCACAGGGGGGAUGUUGAAAAAAAAAAUGAAGUGGCUCGUGAAGACGAAAGAGGUGGACGACAGGCUCUUCGUCCAGGUCGACAAGUGGGACCGUUCUUUCAUCCAGUUUGUUACAGGAUUCUCGGGGAUUCGAAUCCAGGAUCCACAUCACCUCAGCAUCCCGGCCUUCCAAGACUUCCUAGACAUGCGCAAGACGGCCUGCGAUGAGUUGUACAACCAAACCAUUCGCGACGCCGCAGCGGUCGCAGGAGACCCUGAACCUCGAACCCGGAAUGCCCGAGAGGAAGACUUGUACGUUGCCGGACGCAUCGUCGAGAUGGCUUGCAAAGAAAUCACCUUUGACAGCCAGACCCUCCCGGCUCAGAAGAUUGCCGCAUUGUGGUCUGUCAAAGAUCCCGUGAUCUGGGUUGAACUAUCCAGCGAAAACCUAGACUACAUCGGGUUGUUCAUGCGACGGGGUUUGGCCGAGUAUCGCGAGAGCAACGCACAAUCCCGUCGCCGCAAGAAGCUUCGGGCGGACGCCGAUGCCGUGGUUAAGUCAUCACCGAAAAGGAAGAGACGACGUGAGCGCAAGCGCAAGGCAGCACCUGUUGAUGAGGAAGAAGAAGAACCGAUCCAGGAAGAGAUCCACGAAGAGAGCUCUCCUGUCAUCUUCCCGUUGGAAGAGCAUUCCGAGGACUUGGGGGACCCAGUCGCGGAUCUUUUGGCAUCCUAG